AUGUUAUCAUUGGAUUAACUUUUGAAACCAUUCGAUUAGUUUGACUAAUGGGUGAUGAACAGUAUCAAAGUCUUGAACAUUUCAGAGGACAAAGUUAGACUUGUUUCAUAUUUUGUAUAAAUUGCAUUCAUUACUAGUUAUUUUGUAUUCCUAUAGCCAUUAUAUUUAGUAAGAUCUAAUAACCUAGAAUAAGACUUAUAUACAACAUUUUCUGGGGAGUUUUCUUCACUUUAUUCUUGGGUAGAGAGUGGUUUUUGUUUAUAAAUAUCAUAACCAUAUUUGUGUACUUUAUAUCAACAAUACCAACUAAGAACGUGGUUAUACCAAUAUCAAUAACAGCAUUUGUAGCUCUAUCUUAUGUCCAUCUCUUUCGACAAUGGGUAAAAUAAAGAAAUAUCAUUAGUUUGAUUACUUGUCAUGGAAGAUAGAUUUUUCAGUAAUUCAGAUGACGAUUACAUGCAGAUUAAUAUACUAUGCUGUAGAUUUAUAGUCUGGUAAAGCAUAUGAUACUGGAUUUUGGACAUAUUACUCAUACAUAUUUUCAUUUUUUAGCAUAAUGAUUGGACCUGUACCAUAUCAUAAUUAUUUAAACCUGCUUAACUUGAAAGAAGGAUAUUCUAAUAUUAAAUUUAAUUAAUAUAAAUCAGUUAUUACUAACUUAAUAAAAGCAUUAUUAUUUUGUGCUGGUGAAAUAUGGAUUAGACCAUAUGUUGAUUAUGAUUGGUAUGAUUCUCCUUAAUGGUAUGAACUAAAUCUUAUAGAAAAAAAUUUAUUAUAAGCAAUAAUAGGUUUGGUUGCUAGAAUGAGAUAUUUUGCAGGAUUUAAAUUCACUUAAGCUGCAAUGGAUGCUGCUGGUAUUACUUAUAAUGAAGAUACCUGUAAAACAUAUUAUUUUAUAAUAAUUAGAGUAAUUUGAUAAAUUUAUAACUUGCGAUUAUUCUUAUGAAAAAGAUGUAAGUGCGAUUCAUAAAACUGCUAAAUGGAAUACUACUGUAUAAAUAUGGCUCAAAUAUUGUUUCUUUGAUAAACUAGCAAUAGUUUUCGAUGUUACAACUGCUUAUUAUUUGACAUAUGGUAUAAGUGCAUUAUGGCAUGGUUUCUAUCUAGGAUAUUAUUAAACCUUUUUUUGGUGGGCAUUAAUUAAUCAGAAUUGUAAAUAUGUUUACAGAAGUAGACAUAAAUUUUAAUGGUAAUCAAUUAUCAUAAUUACUUAUAUAGGAUUCCAACACCUCUAAGAAGUAUUAUUGCAUUUACAUAUUGUACAUUCACUAUGAACCAAAUCGCAAUGACUAUGGGUUUGUUAGAUUUGGAUAAAGGAAUGAGAUUCAAUAAUAGUAUGUAUUGGUCUGGACCUAUUGCAGUCCUAAUUGUAUUCUUCUUCUUCUACCUUACUCAAUAUGGAUAGAAAAGUAGGAAAUGA